AUGACCUUGUCAUCGCGGGAUGCCGCUCUGAAACGGUCGAGGGCUUACGCCCACCUGCGCAACUGCAACCUGUGCCCGAGGCUCUGCGGCGUGAACCGCUAUGAGAAGACCGGCGUCUGUCAGGUCGGGACCGAUGUCGUAGUCAACGUCAUCGCGCCGCAUUUCGGCGAGGAGCCAUGCGUCCAGGGGCACAAUGGCUCCGGCUCGGUGUUUUUCUCCAUGUGCAACCUGCGCUGCUCCUUCUGCCAGAACCAUGACAUCGCGCAUCAGAAGAACGGGUUCAGCCUCUCGCCCGAGCAGCUGGGCGAGUGGUUCGUCAAGCUGCAGGAGGUCGGGUCGACUCACAACAUUAAUCUCAUCACCCCCGAGCACGUUGUGCCCCAGGUUGCCCUUGCAAUCAUGCACGCGCGGGAGCUGGGUCUCACGAUCCCGAUCAUAUACAACACGUCUUCCUACGACUCACUCGCCUCCAUCGAGCUGCUGGACGGGCUGGUUGAUAUAUAUCUUCCGGACUUCAAGGUGUGGGAGCCAAGCACCUCCAAACGCCUGCUCAAAGCCCCGGAUUACGCCGCCGCAGCGAGGGAGAGCAUCAAGGCAAUGCAUGCCCAAGUCGGCGAUCUAUGCUUCACGGGCGAUGGUAUCGCCAAGAAAGGCGUGUUGGUGAGGCAUCUCGUCAUGCCGGGCCUCGAGGCGGAGAGCCAGAAGAUCAUGGAGUUCCUGGCGAAGGAAGUUUCGACAGAUUGCUUCGUGAAUAUCAUGGAACAGUAUCACCCGGAUGCCCAUGUUGGUAAAUCACGGCGCAAGACGAGUGGUGGGAAAGACCAGGAGACAGAAGGGCCCGGCGGCAGCAAUGACGAUGUGCGAUAUUCUGACAUCAACCGCGCCGUCACGAAUGAUGAGAUCUCGUCGGUCAGGAGGGCCGCUGAAGCAGCCGGGCUUUGGCGGUUCUGUGAUCCUCCAGGGCACGAUGGCUUCAACAUAUGA